GGCAGAGCGGGGCCCGCAGCGCCAUGGUGUCGUGGAUCAUCUCCCGGCUCGUGGUGCUCAUAUUCGGCACUCUUUACCCUGCGUAUUAUUCCUACAAGGCUGUAAAAUCAAAGGAUAUUAAGGAAUAUGUCAAAUGGAUGAUGUAUUGGAUCAUAUUUGCACUCUUCACGACGGCAGAGACAUUCACCGACAUCUUUCUUUGCUGGUUUCCAUUCUACUAUGAACUGAAAAUAGCUUUUGUAGCCUGGCUGCUGUCUCCAUACACGAAGGGCUCCAGCCUUCUGUACAGAAAGUUUGUACACCCCACCCUGUCCUCAAAAGAAAAGGAAAUCGAUGACUGCCUUGUCCAAGCAAAAGACCGCAGCUACGAUGCCCUUGUGCACUUCGGGAAGCGGGGGCUGAACGUUGCGGCCACAGCGGCGGUGAUGGCAGCUUCCAAGGUGUCUCAGCUCCUUCAUUUACUCUUGUAUUUGGACCAGAAAGAAGGGCAGGGGCAGGGAGCCCUUUCUGAGAGACUGAGGAGCUUUAGUAUGCAGGAUCUCUCCACUAUUCGUGGGGACAGCAGCAGCACUGUUCCUCCUCCCUCAGUCACUGUACGGACAAGCAGCAAACAGAGUCAGCCCAAGCCAUCCAGGAGUGCGUCGGAAAGCGCUGGCAGCUCAGGCACCGCCUAGGAUCCUUAGACCUCGUUUCAGGAAGAAAAGUACCUCAUCCUCUACCACUGAAACGAUGUGAGUGUGAUGAGCCAACAGCACCAAGAUCCACAGAAUGUCUUUCUUCUGCCUUAAAGAGCUACUCGUUAAUACCAUGGAAAACAGCAGCGAGAUGGGUGUGCUUUGCUGUGCAGCGUUGUAGACAUGGCCUUUCUCCCUUCUCUUUUCUUUCCCUUAAGCCACAUGCUACUUGCAUUUACCUGCCUCAUGAUUAGAACAAUUAGGCAGCCACUGUGUAGGUCCCUCUGUUUCAAUUGCAGAACGUGAAACUAUUUAAGCUAACUCUGUAAGGCCGUACAUUUAUCCUUCUGAGUUGUGUUUGCAUAGUUUUAGCUCUGGGAAUGCAAAGGAAAAAAAUACUCAAUUGCACUUGAUGCUAUUAUGGCUAAUGUAUUUAUUUAUGGCUUUACCAUUCAUCAGUUGGACUUGCAAGAGCCACAGCGUUUUCUUUCUUCCCUUCCUCCACAAGACUGCGAAUGAUGUCAGAAAUGCUGAAUUCUUUUGACUGUACAGAAUGUCCGAGACUCAUUAGCAAAGCCUGAGCUGCAACUCCAUUUCUUUUCUAGCAAGUAAAUUAUGUGCGCUCCAGUCAAGUCAUUGUGCUAAUGCCAUAGAGACACAAGGACUUAGAGAUGAUGAGGAAGAGAUGCAUGCAAGCAAAUGGAACUAAUUUCACAAGCCAGAGACAGAGGCGUCUUCAUUGUGAUAAACCUGAGCCAGAAGAAAAGAAAGGGAUAUCUUGUAUGGAAACUGAAGGAGGCUAAAAUUCUGUUGUAGAGCUCUUGGCAAAUCUUUGGCUAGCAGUUGUACGAUCCCUGCAAGCUGUGUUUGUUAUAACUGCUGCAGUGUAAACCAGAAUUGCUUUAGCAAUGGAUUUUCAUAGGGGCAAAAUUCACCCCUCUCGCCAGCUUGCCUGACCUCAGUUCUGGCGUUCUGCUUUGCCAGCCUGAAUGCAGGAAUUUCCAUUCCCAGGCAGAGCAGAGCCUUGGAUCUGAGCUUCCCUGCGUGAGUUGGGGAAGAUUUUGCCUUUUGCAUGGAUUCUGGUUUGAAGUGCAAGAGUCUGUAGUAUCCACAUUUAAAUGAUAAAUAUGUAAGAACGGGAAAAAGUUGUAGGAUUUGUGUAUUUGUGCUUAAAGUGGGUGUCUCCUGUGAGUGUAAAGCAUGUGAAAUUCACCAAUAAGUCAAUUAUGUGACUUUUGUGUUUGCUCUUGGACUAGACUAGAAAAACAUUUAGUAUCAUGUAGAAGUCACCAUCGAUAAUUGAUCAGUGAACAAACUCAGUUAAGACUAGUAUCAUUGACCCUAGUUCAGGUUCAGAAUUAGUUCAGGAUGCCAACAACUGUGUGAAGAAGGAUGAGAGAGAAGUAUAUCUGAGGUGGCCUUUUGAAAUUCUCUGUCAGACAUGCAUUCAUGUUCUAGGCUUCUAACUCAGCUUAAGGUAAUGCCAGAGGUUCCUUGAAUAUUUGGGAAGUAAACAUUAAAAUGCCUGCACCCAGAUGUGUACAUCAUGCUGGCCAGGAAGUAGAAAGGACAAAAGGGCAUUUUCUGUGACUGUCAUCAUAAGACUGGCUACCUGAAAAACGUAUUUUCCUUAUCUGCACUGAGUUGUUCAUGCUCUGUAAAGGAUUUGUGCUCAAAAAAGGCAUUAAAUGUAUAUUUGAGAAAGGAGUCAGUCAUGAGAACCUGCUGGGCAAUAUGCUGCGAGGAGCUUGGCUUGCAUAUUUAAUUUAAGCAGCUUUCAUAGGCAAUUAGAUUUUUUUUGGCCAGAUUUAGAAAAUAAGAGACAGUGCCUGCAGUGUUAGCAGAAACAAGAGUUCCUGUUGCAAGCUAGCUUCCAUUUUUGCUACUAUGCAAGAGGAUGCCAUAAGAUAAAAGGACAAGUUUGCACUCAGUUAUGCCAAAAAGAAAAGAAUCAAGCCACACGAUGCUGGACAGACUCUGCUCUCAGAUAGGCUGUAUUCAUGCUCAUUCUUGCUCCGAUUAUUACAUGUGCGUCUGAUCUGCUGUUUUACUGUAAACUUGACUGUUUAGAUUUUCUUAAGUGCUGAGGUGAAAUUGUUGACAAGGGAGUUGCCUUAUCUCUCGAAGACAUUCACUGUAU